AUGCACGAGAACUCCGCGGGUACCGAGUACCUCUGCCAUCCUCUGCUGGAUGAGCUCCUCGUCUGGCGCCAAUCCCGAAGGUGCUGCUUCCACAAGCGGCAUUCGGCAGAGGCAGACCGCCGCUUCAAAAACAUUGACGAUGACCACCACCCUCUGGAACAAGUGGAUUCGACCACUAGCGACCAGUCCAACGAUAGCGACCAUGUGUCCCUGUUACCAAACAAGAUGUAUGGCCGGACGCCCGAGGGAACAGUUUUUACCGUUCCCGCGACUCACGACAUGGUCUCCCAGCUCCUCGACCCCCGUGAGCCCAAGAACAUUACGGAUGUCGCCGUCAUCUUGAUCCUCGCCUUUCACAUCUUCUUGGCCUACUCUCUUCCUCCCGGCUUCAAGCGCCCCAUAUUCGCCUUGAUUUUUAUGUUUUGGAGGGCUUCUUACAACAUUGGUAUCGGCUAUCUUCUUAAUGUCCAGUCUAAGCACAGGCGCAUCGUGACAUGGGCCAGGCGAUGGAGGCUCUUUGAAGCGCCCUCGUCGGGUAACCAGCCCCGACCCUGGCUGUACAACUUGCUCAAGCGCGAGUUCGAGACCAAGAUCCCCGAAGAUUACGAAUUCGACAAGGCGCCCCUCGAGUACAACACAUGGCUCCUCUUCCGUAGGGUCGUGGACCUGAUUCUCAUGUGUGAUUUCGUGUCGUACUGUCUUUUCGCCAUUGUGUGCUCUAGCCCUCCCGCCGGUGAAUCCCUAGGUAUCUACCUGACAAGGUGGGGCCUCGGUAUCGGCCUCGUUGGCUUCAACCUCUGGGUCAAGCUCGAUGCUCACCGUGUCGUCAAGGAUUAUGCCUGGUAUUGGGGCGACUUUUUCUAUCUCAUCGACCAGGAGCUGACCUUUGAUGGCGUCUUCGAGAUGGCGCCCCAUCCCAUGUACUCCAUUGGGUACGCCGGUUACUAUGGUAUUUCCAUGAUGGCCGCCAGCUACGAUGUCCUCUUCAUCUCUAUUGUCGCCCACGUUGCCCAAUUCGUUUUCCUUGUUCUUGUCGAAAAUCCCCAUAUCGAGAAGACGUACAACCCCCGCUCCCCGAAAGAGGACCUUGUCCACCAAGUCCGAGGUACGGCAGAAUCGCUCUCGCAAGUGCACAACCUUGUGGGCCUGAAGAACCUUGAUCUCUUCCGGGCCACCGACUACACCGUAAUCCUCUUGUGCGGAUAUGUCGGUAUCCUGACUUUGGUCACUCCGUCGACGCCCCUCUAUCAGUUCCUUUUUGUCUUGCACGCUGCCGUGUGGCGCGUGUGGUUCACGGCUGGGCUCGGAGCAAUUCUGCACUUGCAGUCGAGGAACAAGCUUUGGACCCGUCACUUUGUCAAGUAUGGCGAGACUCCCGUGGAAGCGUGGAAUCAGUGGAAGGCGCUGUACCACAUCAAUGUACACACCCCCGAGGACUGGAACUACGGCUGGGUGCCACUGAAGCACGUGCUCGGCGGCGGCCUCGUGGCGCUGCAGGUCUGGACGGCGACCAGCAUCCACGAGUCCCUGGGCGAGUUUGGCUGGUUCUUCGGCGACUUCUUCUUCGACUCCCGCGGCAAGCUUACAUACACAUCCAUCUACCGGUUCCUCAACAAUCCCGAGCGAAUCCUCGGCUCGGCGGGCAUCUGGGGCGCCGCGCUCAUCACGUGGAGUCGAGCCAUCUUCAUCAUGGCCCUCAUGAACCAGAUUCUGACCUGGGGCUUCAUCUCCUUUGUCGAAAAGCCCCAUAUGCAAAAGAUUUACGGCCGCAAUGUUCGCAACGAAGCUGGACUCACCAAGUUUAUCAAGAAGUCGCUGCCUCCCCUUCCUCGACACGGCGCGCCCCAAGUUCGCCAGCGGAGUCAAGACCAUUGUGCGCGAUACCUCGGCCCUGUUCAACUCCCCGCCCGGCUUACCAUUACGCGGCUGGCACCCGACCUCGCUGGGUUUGACCCCAAGUACUACUCUCUCGAAGUCGACGGCACUCCCUCCGGCGCAGGGGCUCUGGACGAGCGGGCAACGGGCAAGGAGAGCGUCGCGGCUAGGUUCCGACAGGACGGUGCCAAGACCCUUAGCUUCGAAUAUGGCGCGCCUCUCAGGGUUAAGUGGCGGGCGCCUGCCCACCACAGCAAGAAGGACUGGAUCGGGUUGUACAUGGUGGCGGAUAACCACUCGCGCGAGGUGACGGAUAUUGCAUCCCUCGGGCGAUGGACGCCGACCAACGAAGGCGUGUAUGACGAAGAGACGGCAAACAACAAAUCGAUCACGGUCUCGCAACGUCGGGUGGAGAAGACGGACCCUUCGGCCCCGGAUCUCGUGGAGGGUGAGGUGACGUUCUCCGGUGACCGACUGUGGUGGACGCAGGGAGUAUUCGAGUUCCGGUUACAUCACGACGGACGACACAACGUCAUGGCUAUAUCGCAACCGUUUGAAGUACGCAUCGGCAAGUUUGUCGAAGACGACGUGGAAGUGGAUGCGUCGUCGGGAGCGUACGAGAGGGCCGCGGAGGAGGCGCUUCUACCCGUCGUACGCAACUGUCUAGAUCGGGAUCCGGACAUCGCGCCCAGCGCGGCGGAGGAGCCGUUUGGCAGCCACGUGGAACGGGACAGCAAGUACGCGAAGAGGGUGGUGUACGCGAUUCACCAGAUGUUUGGCGUAGAGUUUGCAGCGGCGGUGGUACCGGCGGAUGGCAAUGUCAAGAAGCUCGCGUGGCGAAUUUGCAACGCGAAGCAAGUCUUGGCGCCCUACAGCAUGUCCGCUUCCAGGGGAACUACGACGCCUAUAUAA